AAGGGAAAGUCAUCGGCCUGCUCAGGUAGCCAGCUAGACACCCAAAUUAGUUCUAAAUAUGUUGCGUUCGUGGUCGGAAGUCUUGCUGGGAUUGCUUCUCAUCCUGGCAGCUGGCGAGGCCAGCGAGAAGCUGGCCGAGUUGCGGUUGGAGUUGCAACUGUUGCAAGCGGAAAUGGAGCGUCUGUAUGUGGAGCAACCGCCUCGGCCGGAAACCCAACUCGUUCUGGAGGACCUCCAGUCCAGGGAGCAUCAGCUGGUGCUGCUAAUCGAUAACCUACAACGGACUGGAAGUGUUCCCAGGCUGGCCAUUAAUCUGACGGCCGAUUUUGAGAAUCUGCAGCACAAGUUGGACGAUCUGAAGCACCAGCUGGAGCGGCUGGACGGACGCUUCGCCUCCCAGACCAAGCAGCUGGAGGCAGAGCACACGCCGGCUCCUGCUCCGGCUGCUCCCUCUCCGGGACUGGGCUCCUUUCUUUGGGGGCCACUGCUCACCAUGCCGGAGUUCCCGCAGGGGAACGUGGCCGGGGAUCAUCAGCAUCAGCAUCCAAUCAACACUCAUCAUCAGCAGGACCAGCCCCAGCAACCGGAAACUGGGAAUCCUUCGAUAAUCAAGCGAGUUCUCGACAUGCUGAGGCCAUCGGUGGGCGUGGCUGGGUUGCGAAGUCGCUGGGCCGAGUCGGACAAGUCGGUAGGAUCUGUAGGAACUUUGGGAAAGACUGCCUCAUCGCCCCCGAGUGUCAGGCAACCUCUUAGUGCCGAGGAGUUGCUGCCACAACUACAGGAGCAGCGAAGGUUCCUGGACGAUGCCAUUACCCGCUUGGAGCUACUGGCGGCAAAAAAUAAAUUUAAGAAAGCCUAGAUAAGUUUUUCUCUUAUUUUUUUUUUAUAAUUAAGUUAAGGAAUUCCUACUUUCGAAUAAAUAAUAGCC